AUGUCGUUUUAUGGUAGUAGUGCCAUGGAUGAUGAUAAUAUAAAUCAUCGGGGUCGCAGGCUCAAUAUUAGUUCUUUUGGUCGUCUAGGGCGUCGGCGUAGCGCCUCAUUGAGACGUAUCGCCAACGAAGAAGAGUCGGAAACGACUACCGUCAACAAUGCGACAACUGCGACGGGCGCCCAGUCGAGUCAAGUACCAAAUGCAAAUGACGGAUCGACCCUGAAUGCUAUUCAAACUUCAACCGAAAGUGACAUGGAAAAUGAUGCUAGCAGCAUGAUAUCGGAUGAUGAGUCCGAUGCAUUUUCUGAUAACGCAGACAGCCUGGAUACAGAGGAAGAUCCGCUAUUGGAGUCGACCUUGCGCAAUACAAUGUAUAAUGCACAUGCGCUUACAGGCACUACCAACAUGUCAGAAAUGACAAACUACGAAGAUGAGGACUUAUUGGAUCCCGCUGCUGAUGAAUUCCAAACAGCGCCCAACAUUGUGUUUUCGCGUUCUGAGAAGGAAGUGGAAACGCAACUGACGAUGACAUACGGCGACUAUGAGACCUGCAAAGCUGAUGUGGUUAACAAUGUACGCAUGCGGCAUAUGCGUCUUGAUCAGGCUGUGGUUGAAAAGUACACCAGCAAACAUGAUGAAGAAAAGGAAGAAGAUGGUGAAGGACAGGUAUCAGAGACCCCAGAACAGAAACAAGAACGUCAUUUCCGCGACAUUGAACGUAUGAACCGUUUGAAUCGUAAAAGUCUGGAACGACGUGGUGAUAGGGGUAAAAGUGCCCACAUUGUGGAACCUGGAGAACCACUGCAAGACAAGGAUUCGCAAGAAUUACCAACGUCGGAAUUUGAGCAACUCCAUAUCAACGACGAUGCAAGUAAUUCGGUUCAUGCCUUCUAA